AAGUCAUUGAGCGCGCAUCUUCUUUUUCUGGAAACUUUGUAAUCCAAAUAGAAAACCAGACGUCAUGACAUCCUCCAAAAGUCCCUACACAAUUUCCGCCAAGACUCAAGAAGUCGUAGAUGACUACAGAAAAUACGUGGCAGGGGGAUUUGCUCCAUAUCCAGUAGCACUGACCCGAGUCCUGGGCUCUCAAGCAUGGGACAUCGACGAAAAACAAUACAUCGACUUCCUCUCGAUGUACUCCGUUGUUAACAUGGGACACAAUCACCCUAAAAUCCUCGCUGCGGCAAUAAAAGCCAUGUCGGAAGGUGCUGUGAUAAAUCUGCCCUUCCAUAGUCCUUACUACGGUCAAUUAGCAGAGAAGUUACAUCAGAUGUUUGGAUACGAUAAAUUCGUCGCAAUGACAAGCGGUGCCGAAGCAGCUGAUGCUGCGGUGAAGAUCGCUAGGAAGUGGGGGUAUUUGACGAAGAAGAUUCCCGAGGGGAAGUGUCAUAUUUUGACGGCGGCGGCUUGUUAUCAUGGGGUCACGAUCUCGACUGUUUCGUUGGCGAGUAAAAAGAGUCAUUUGUUUGGCCCAUUUGUGCCAAGUGUUGGGUCCACGUCUCCGUCUGGGAAGGUGGUAGCGUUUGGGAUGAUUAAUGAUUUGAGGGAGGCUCUUGAACUUGAUGGCGAGAGGAUUGCUGCGUUUAUGAUUGAGCCGAUUCAGGGCUCUGCGGGGAUCAUCGUUCCACCAAAGGGAUACUUAAAAGAGGUAGCAGAGCUGUGUAAGAAGCAUAAUGUACUAUUCGUUUGCGAUGAAGUACAGACAGGACUUGGUCGUACAGGAGCAGAUCUUUGUCACUUGAGAGAAGGCGUUCGUCCUGAUUUAGUGGUUCUUGGAAAAGCAUUGGCGGGAGGAAUGUAUGCACUCUCCGGAGUCCUUGGAGACGACAAUACCAUGAGUCUGAUCGAUCCUUUCGAAAUCGGCUCAACAAUGGCUGCCAACCCUGUAGGAUGUUCAGCCGCAAUCGCAGCACUCGACGUACUCGUCGAUGAGCAACUGUCCUCACGAGCAAACGAAAUGGGUGCUCUCCUCGUCUCCACGCUCUCGGCGGCCGACCUUCCCCACGUGAAAGAAAUCACAGGCCACGGCCUCUUCUAUGCUCUAGUCCUCGAUGACAAGCCUCCAAAGGUUACCCCAAGACGGAUCGUGUCGUUAUUAGCGCAAAGAGGGGUACUAGCGAGUGCUGCCGGGCUGAAGAGGAUUCGGAUCUGUCCUCCGUUGACGAUCAGUAAGGAGGAGUUACUGAAGGGCGUUGAGAUUUUGAUUGGUGUUUUUAAGGACAUUGAGGAUAUGGGGGAGCUGCCUGCUGAGGUUUUAGUUGAUGUCAGACAUUAACGUAUUAUGAUGCCAGGAAAAGUGAUAGGCUGAGAGAGCAAUGUUGAAUCACGUGAAGUACUGAUGGGUUGUGCGCUCGCUUCCACGAUUGAUACAUGCUCAAGAAGUUAAAAAUACAAAAGAG